UCAACCAGUGGGGUCAGGACAAUUUGAUGCGAAAAGUGCGCAUGCUUAAUCUCUCAAUCCCUAACGUCUCUUCACCAUGAAUGCAGCCUCUAAGUGCUAGAGUUCACAUAUGGGGUGUCACCACUAACUACCGGAGGUCUUAGACACAGGUUCAGAUGACUGGCUAGGGUCUUGGACAUGGGGAAAAGGCCUUUUAGGUGGUGGAAGUAUUCAUACAUCACAAGGUUCCACAUUUCCCAACCCAACAAACUCACAGUCAAUCAAACCAAUAACUUUCUUUCUGCUAUUCUGCAUUACUCAAAUUCUUCAGAGCACAAGAGUGAAGGAGGUCACAUAAAUGCUAGUAUUUCUAAGCCAGACUGCUAAGAAACACUACUUAAUGGGCACUAUUAAGAUUUUUGGUGGUGGCUCUCUUUUGCUUUCAUUUUUUCUUUGUUUUUCUUUCAUUUUUUUUUUUUUUUUUUUCAUUUCUUAAGAGAACCACCACCUCUGCACAUUUUCAAAUACCUGCCCAACUUUUAAGCAUUACCUCCAACCCUCACAUUACGUUUAGCAGAAACAGCAGAGAACAUGUAAAAAUCACUCUGUGGAACCUUCUAAAAGAUGCAAAAGGGGUGACUUUUCAUUGAAGACCGAAAGAAAGGAAAACACACGGCUCAAAGGGGCUGACUAGGGGGUAUGACACACCAGGACAGUCAAUUUGGUCGUGGGCUAAUCCUAUGCCUCCAUCAUCCUAGCUAAUGACAACGUGAAUGCAGCAUAUCAUGGAAGAGGAAACUAUCGCACAAGAAAGAAACGAGCAGGUUCAAGUCUCACAUGGCUACCUAUAUGCUCUAUCUCUCGUUCUGAUUCCCUGAACUAGAUGCAUAAAUGACUGUCAAAAGCAAGUGAUCAAACCAAGUCACAUUUCGUGAGCAAACAGUUGAAAAACUGAACCCCUACACAGUUCUACUGCACAUCUCAGUCAUCAUAAUAAGUUGUCUAAGUCACACUCAAGUUGGCAUGCAUCAAGUCAAAAGCCAUUAAAUUCACUAAUCAAAUCCACAGUGCCAAUACGAUCAAACAUCAGGCAAACGGCAGUGUUAAGAGAGGUCACCCGAAUAUGGUUCCCCCUAGACUGCAGUUAAGCCGGAUUGCAAUUACCAAGUUCAAAUUCUAUGAUAGUUAUACUACGGAAGGUUCUUAAGUAGUCUGAAGUCUCGACUAAAGGUCUCCAGACUCUCUCAAUCUGAGUCUCUAGCGGGCGACUAACCUCCACCGGAGUAAACAGAUUGAGGCCCUAACGAACAAAACCUCCACUACCGAAGUGAAUUCGGUACAGAAUAGUGAGUUGGCUCCUCGACUAAAGUCACCAACUCCCUACCUUCAAUCAAGGAUGCUCUAUCAACCUAGGCAGAUAUUCUCAUUCUAGGUUAAAGUAGAAACAACAGGAAUGUGAUAAGGAUUCAUGCCAUUCAAUCAUUCAAACCUCAAUUGAAUAUAAUCAAAUCAUAGAAUCAGUACUUGGGUUCAUACAAUCAAACCUAACAUACAAAUAUAGGGUUUCCCAUACCCAGAUGAAUGGGAGAACUACUCCAUGGAGAAAGAAGCAAAAGCAGAUUCAGACGCGGAAAUCAUACUGUGAAGGAUGGAUUUCUGCUCCCGGACGUUGAUCGGCACUCCUCCAAGCUCAAGCCAAUCUCCAAUGGUGAUGAAGAUCAAGCUAGGGCACUUGGGAACUCUUGUUCGUCGCUUUCUCUCUCUAGGAAUCGCUCUAUCUCUCUAAAACUCGAAUCCCCUUCUGUUUUGGCUGAAAUCUGCCUAAAAGGGCAUCACUGGGCAAAACACGGUCGAGGGCACGGCCGUGUUCUGCUCCAGCCCGCCCGUGCCCUUGCCAAGUGUUAAAUACACGGCCAGACUCUUGGGGAAAACACGGGCGUGCUUUUGGUGGACACGGUCGUGUUCUGUCUCAGUCCUGCCGUGUUUUGAGCUAGUGUUUGACAGACUCAGAUCAAGCCUCGGCAGUAAAAACAAGGUCUAGGAACACGGCCGUGCUUUGAUUUAGGUGUGCCCGUGUUUUGGCUCCAGCUCGUCCGAAUGACUUCCGAAUGUCCCGAAACUCGUGCUUAGCCUUUCCUUCGACGUCUGGGACCUGAAAUAUGACAAAGUAGCACAACCCGGCGUAAAAUAGGCCAAAAAUACACGACUAUGCCCAUCAAACGGAUAAGAACUAGGGGUGCAAAUAUGUGCAAUUACAUCAUUAUCAAUGAGCUCUGCGGAGGUGGUUUGUGGGUCACCUGUAAGUGCACGGAGCUCUCGGCUUCCUCUGCAGCCGGAUAUGGGAGAGUUAGUAGUCCAACAAACUGGGAUCUCUCUUCAUCUGGAACCCAUUGAGACCAUGAGAUAGAUGGCAAUGAUAAGGAGUUCUCUCCGGUUAAGAAGAAAGGCAGGAAGGGAGGUGGUAAAGUUGGUGGUGGGGGUCGUGGUAGGUUGAAGAGAUGAACUUUUUAACUUCGAAUAUACAUGGUUUUUGUGAAGAUAGUAAGUUUACAGCAAUAAAUAGAGUCAUUAGACAAAAUAAUAUACAUAUAGUAGCUAUUUUAGAACCUCGGGUUAGAGAUAUAAGGAAGAUAAGUUAUUGCUAAAACGUUUCCCUUACUGGGAAUCCAAAAUUAGUUAUGAUGAUAAGGGUCUUGGUAAAAUCUGGCUUCUAUGGAAGAAGGAGGUGUCUCUAUAUGUGAAGGAGUAGCUUGCACAGUUUAUAGAGGUUUGGGUGAAUGAUGUUGUCCUGUUUGGUGCUACCUUUUUGUAUGCUUCUAAUACCGAGUCUGAGAGAGUCAAGUUGUAUGUUGAUCUUCAAAGAUGUAAGAUUCUCUCGAUGCCCUGGCUUACCUUAGGAGACUUCAAUGCUAUCAGAAAUCCAUAUGAAGCGUUGAAUGAUCCUGGUUUCACUUGCAGCAUGGCUGAUUUCAAUAGUUGGAUUCUUGAUUUAGAGCUUGAAGAGCACAAAUUUGUUGGUCCUGGUUCUCCUGGAUGAACAAGCAAUCGAGGAAUCCUAUAGCUAGAAGGUUGGAUCAAAGUUUUGUGACUCUUUCUUGGCUGGAUAAAAUCCCUCACAGUAGAAUGAAGAUGUUGGAUCCUGAUGUCUUAGAUCAUUGUCCUAUAGUUGUUCAAACAAGGGAGCCACCGAAAUCUCUCCCCAAACCUUUUAAGUUUUUCUAAUUUUGGAUAUCUCAUCCGAAGUAUGAGGAACUGAUAAAAGUGGCUUGGACUACAAGGGUUGUUACUUCUCCAAUUAUUCAGUUUUGCAAGAAGCCGAGGGUGUUUAAAGGGUUUCUCAAAGUCUAGAUCUACUGGCUACUUCGUAAACUUUUAUUAUCUAGCAACUAAAAUGUAGUGAGUUGUUCAAAAGCAAAUUAAAUAGAAAGCAGAAAAUGUUCUGGGUGUUCAAGUAUGCUAAAGGUUAUCCAAGUAUGAUUCCCCCUAGUAUGCAGCUAGUUCAUAUUAUAUGUUCCCAAUUUACUCCGAUUUAUAGAUAUACUGCGAAAAGUUCUUGAUAAGUCUGGAAUCUUGACUAAAGUAAUCCAGACCCUCUCAAUUCGAACACUCGGCGGGCGACUAACCUCCACCGGCAUAAACUAAGGCAAUAACA